AUGGACCUUGACAACAACACCCGGUGGUGGGCCGAAACGUUCGUGCCAUACGUUUCCAGGCGCAGUGCUGAAAUUGUGGAAGACAGAUGCGGCCUGGAGCUCAGUCAAGCUGGGAUCAUCCAUGAGAUCAAGUCCAAUGCCAUCGAGAAAGCGAAAUUGGCAGCAGAGUUGAAGGCUCGCGAAUUUGCCCGAGGCAAGCCGUAUACGCAGAGGGACGAAAUCGAAGCGGACAUCAUUGACUUGGCCAAGGUGUGGAUUUAUGUGUACCUGCCGCGGUAUAAGGCACAGGUCAGAAAUAUUAUCGCAGAGGCCUUCAACAUAAGAGGAGAUGUAGGGGAGAAGCUAGAAGGUACCGAUCUGUGUACAGAGUACUAUUGGGUUUCGUUGGAAGGGGAUCAAGAGGAGGACCAGCAGCCACCAACGAGGCUGGUUGAGAUCCAGGUUGUCACAGACAAGGGCGACAGACAAUUCCAGGCACCGCAUGAGGUGGCGGUCUUUUUGCACAGACUCGCCAAGUCCAAGGGCAGAAGGGAAACGGAUUGCGGCGACGCCAGGCUGUUGUGGGAGGUGCUGAAUAUUCUGGGGUUGAAUCGAUACAGAGAACUUCGCGAUAUCGUGCUGGGGCUUGAUAUGUCAAAGGCACUUGCCAGUGACUUCUCACGCAAGGCUGACGGGUUUGCGCCUCUGGAGCUCAGCGUGGCCACCUACGUGACCGACUCAACCAUCCGAUUGCAAAGUGGAAGUGACAAGAUUCUCGAAAUUGCGCACAACGAAGGAGGAUACCUUGAAUCGAACCGCGAAAGGUACCGCAUGAGGGUUCUGAGGGACACCUUCAUCUGGCUAGCCGACCUUUAUCCAUGGGGAGACGGGACAGGUUCGAUGCUUUUCCACGGCCUCGAUAUAUCCAUGGCAGAUCUCCAAAGAAAAAAAAUUCGCUGGUUGGACAGCUUGGAGGCCAGGAGCUUCUACGAUGGUGAACAGAGCUCACUGCCUCACGAAGAAGGCAAAGAACUUGCGAAGCUGUGGGCCGUGUUCGAGAGACAUACCCAACUGCCUGCCCAGUAUUCUUUCAACCUUGCCCGGCUCGACGUCAAAGGUCCAACUCCACCUAACUGGGCCCAUUUCCGCAGGGCAAUCACUGACCUCGUUUAUGACCAACCGAAGGACUCGAGCAGGGAUAAUGGGGGAAGGGAAGGGUGA